GCACCUUGACUCAGCUCUCGCGAGACUCUCGUGUGACUCUCGUGUUUUGUGGAACAGCUGACUGUGCAGUGGGUGGUGCGACGGACUGCUAUCUAUAUCGAACAGUUAGGAACCUGAUAGCAAAAAUAAUAUCGGUAGACAGCUUUUUGAAUUUUAGCCCUGUUCAGGCACUGAUAAUCAUUUACACCACGACAUGGCUGAGACGGAUCCCAAGUCGGUGCAGGACCUUACCAAUGUGGUCCAGACACUGCUGCAACAGAUGCAGGACAAAUUCCAGACCAUGUCAGACCAGAUUAUAGGGAGGAUUGAUGAGAUGAGCACACGUAUUGAUGACUUGGAGAAGAACAUUGCUGACCUGAUGACCCAGGCUGGUGUUGAAGAGAUUGAGGCAACACCAGAAAAGGCCAAAGAGGGUCAAGGCCCAUAAUGAAGGUUCUGAAGUAACAAGGUGUGAAGUCGGUCCUAAAUUCAGGAGCAGCAAACUUUUCCAUUUUGAAAAUGACUUAUAUUGAUUUGGUGUGUCGAUGUGUGAAAUGCUUUUUUAUAUAUUGAAUAAUGUCAUAAACGGUUAGUUAUGUGAUGACUUGAAAAGCUGAACGUUAUUUGUAAGCUAGAGUAGUGUGAAAUGCCCUCCAGAACUUAAGAAUGCUCAUGUGCAGGAAUGCAAUUUAGGGAUUUAGUGUGCGGACCUGGAGGUUACUUCGCUGCCAUCAUAUAUCAUAAUUAAUUCAGUCCCAUGAGGUGAUGGUUGGAGACAGCUUUGCGCAAGCCUGUGCUGAGAAGUACAACCUGCAGGCUAACAGGCCAGUAGAACCUCCAUCCCUACCAACAUGGGAAAUGGGCACCGUGGACAACUAAAGCCUGCAGUGUUUUACAAACAGCUAUGUUACUACCAAGGUGUUGGAUGCAUUCCAAUUCUAACUGAUUUUCUUCUAUUAAAACUAUUUAAUACAAUGUAGUUUGUCAUGUAUUACAUAAUAUUUGGGCAGGUGCUGAGUAAAUUUUUUUAAAAUAUAAUUUACUCUUAGGUGCUCACUGUGUUUUUCUGUAUUUAUUUUUUCAAGCUAUAAUUGUAUUUUAUGAUGCAAAUUAUCUGGAAUGUCACAGUGUUGCAUGUUUUUUGGUCUACAUUGGUUAUAAUGUAAUGAAAUUUUUAGAAUUACACUUUAAGAUCAACUAAGCCGAGCAAUUCGGAAUUUAUCUUCUAUAUUGGCCAAAACUCACAUUUAAUGUAUAUGGGAUUAGAGGUAUUUGAAAUAAUGUCCACUCAAAAGUAGCAUUUAGACAUAUUGGAAACCACGCUUUCACUGCA